AUGGAGAAAAGAGGAUAUAAGUAUCUGAAAACUUUGCUGCAAACUUCCUUAUUGGAAGAAGUAAAAAAGGAGUGGAAAACAUCAUAUAAAAUGCAUGAUCUUGUGCAUGAUUUUGCAAAAUCAAUUUUGAAUCGUAACAGCAGCAAUGGGGACCGUUACCUGGCGGUAGAAACCAUCAAUGAAAAAAAAUCAGAAUCACUUCGCACAUUAUUUCUGGAGGGUGGCAUAGCUGAUGAUAUGUUAUCAAAGUUCAAAUACUUGCAUGUCCUAAAAUUGUUUGGAGCAGAUGCCAAAAAGUUGCCGAACUCCAUUGGCAAACUAAUACAUUUACACUUACUUGACAUUUCAGGUUCUAGGAUUACAACUGUGCCAAAAUCUCUUUGCAAACUUUAUAGUUUGCAAACACUGAGAAUUAACAUGCUUGAAGAAGGUUUGCCAAAGAAGAUGAGCAAUUUGAUUAGCUUGAGACAUCUUCACUAUUAUGAUCAUGCAGGGCGCAAAAUCCAAAUGCCAUCCAGGAUUGGACGAUUGACUUGUCUUCAAACAUUAGAGUUCUUUAACAUAGGUCAUCAAGAGGAAGGUCGUGGUAUCCAAGAACUUGGAACCUUGCAAGAUCUUAAAGGCACCUUGGAGAUCAGAAAUCUUGAAUUAGUAAAUGGCAAAGAUGAUGCUGAACUAGCGAACCUAUCUAAAAAGCCAAAUAUGUAUCGGUUGGUGUUUGAGUGGGGCAAUAGGGAUCGGAAAAGUGAUAAAUGUGAUGAAGAUGUGUUGGAAGGUCUCCAGCCUCACCCAAAUUUAAAAGAGUUACAAAUUUUGAAGUUCAUGGGUGAUCAGUUCCCACAAUGGUUCAUGAAUUUGACAUUGACAUCACUGGUGGAGUUGCGGGUGGAGGAUUGCACAAGAUGCAGAAAACUCCCUGCACUUGGACAGCUGCCGUUCCUCAAGUGCCUCUAUCUGACUAGAUUGGACAACACAACAAGCAUUGGGCUUUCAUUCUACAGUGCAAGUGCUGAGGAGGAUGGCGGAUCAGGAGGUUCAGACACUAUUAGCAGACAAACAUUCUUUCCAUCCCUCAAAAUUCUCUCUCUUGAAAGCAUGAAAAUUUUGGAAGAGUGGAAGGACGCACCCGAAAUGAUGUCAAACGCAGGUGAAGUACGUGUGAUGGAUGUGUUUCCUGUGCUGGAAAAGUUGUAUAUUAGCGAUUGCCCCAAGCUGACCACCAUUCCAACUCCAAGUCGUUUCCCAAGUCUUGAUGUAUUGGAAAUCAAAUGGAAUUGCCACGUUUUGGUGGCGGAAAAGGUUUUGAGCAAUAUAACCACACUUUCUUCCCUUUAUUUAAGGGGUGGUCUACAAAGCAUCGAGUCUCUAGAAUUAGUGAAACGACCAGAGAGCAGCUUGAGGAUUGAGGGCUGUGACAGUCUACCCACUGACAUGCUUGAGCGACUCUGCCUCUUUCCAAUUCUUCAGGAUGUAAGAUUGUUUCGUUGCCCUAAUAUAAUAACAUUAAGAGGAAUGAGUUGCGCCGCUUGUCUUGAGAGUUUGGCAGUCCAUUAUUGUGAGAAUUUACGGGAGUUGCCAGAUGAUCUCUAUCAAUUUCAAGCUUUACGGUGCUUGACUGUAGGUGACUGCCCGAGAAUCAAUUCAUUUGGAUAUCCAAAUCAUAAUACAGGACAGAAAAGCCUCCUUAAGUCUCUCGAGAUGCUUCUUACCUAUGGGUGCCAUGAAUUAACAACAUUGCCAGUGGAGAUGUUCGAGUCAUGUACGUCUCUCCGAGAGCUGAAUUUGUACAAUUGGCACAGUCUGGUCUCCUUUCCCCUUGAUUUGCGACGAACCCCUUCUCUCGCGAGCUUCAAAUUAUUCGACUGUCCCAACUUGAUUGCUGAGAUGCCUAGUGGAUUUGGCUAUCUUACCAGCUUAAGGGAAGUGCAGAUUGGUCCCUUUACAGAUGACUCUGUAAUCAAAUUUGAUUGGGCUGGGUUAGCAUCUUCAUCAACACUCCGGUGCGUGUCUUUAUGUGGAAUGCCCGACAUGAAGUCUCUGCCACAUCAGCUUCAAUGCUUGACUACCAUCACAUCACUGUCUCUAGGUGACUUCGGAGCAAUCGAAGCCUUACCAGAAUGGCUUGGGAAUUUUGCAUCUCUUGAAGACCUAAUCCUAUCGGGUUGCCCAAAGCUUGAAUACUUACCCUCCAUGGCCGCCAUGGAACGCCUCAAAUUAAGACGUCUGGAAAUUUGGUUUUGUCCUCUAUUAAAUCGAAGAUGCACUCCUCAAAGCGGCUCCGAGUGGCCCAAGAUCUCUGAUAUUCCGGAGCGUAAAAUUGAUUUUCGGUAUUUCUGA